AUGGAUACUUCUUCAGUCUUCGAUCCCGACAACUCCUUUGCCAGCGGUAGAAAGCGUUUAAGGGAAGAUGAGCCUUCAAAACCAUCGACUUCAAAGCAACAGAAAUUGUCAUUUGGAUCGUCCAUGAAGGGAAAGGAGAAUGCGCGAACUGCUUAUUCUCUAUGGAUGGAAAGCAAUGAGGAAGCAUUGCAUAGUAUGUUCAGUGGAAAUCCAGAAGAUUUUGUGAAGUUCUGCGCUCAACAAUUCCGAAUGCUUCCAGCGCUCGAGAAGAAGGAAUGGAAGGCUCGAGCUGAGACAUCUCAGCAAUGA